AACUUUGACGUUUGUCGUCUGUUUCUUGUUGGUGAAGUGUGUAGCGUGGCCAGGCGUGGCAUCAUUGCCGGACUUUUAUUGUCUUUAUUUUAAGCUUAUUAUUUCUCUUUGAAAUGGAACAAAUCUUGCAGAAAUUGCUGGUCGCAGACAGCAAUGUCAUACAGCAGGGUACUAAGGAACUCAAGGAGGCUUUCAAAAAGCCCGGGGCGAUUGGUGCUCUCUGUGACAUCUUGGUAUCAUCUGGCAGCCCUCAAGUCCGGCAAACUGCCGCCGUCGUCUUACGCAGAAAACUAGCUAAGAAACAUCAAUGGUCCAAAGUGGACGCGGAAACUCGCAACAGAAUCAAGGGGGGUAUGUUGCAAGCUCUGGUCAAUGAACCUGAAAAGUUGGUGAAGAAUUCCAUUGCCCAAUUCAUUGGGCUCCUGGGAAAACAUGAGUUCCCAAACAAGACAUGGCCUGAGGUUUUGCAAUUCAUAGAUCAACUGUGCAGAAGUGACAACCUUUUAGAUAAAGAGCUUGGAAUGUAUACAUUAUCUAUUAUGACUGAGAUAUCUAAGGAAAGUUACAUUGAGCAUUCAGAGGAGAUGGCUAGACUCUUCAUCAAUAUCCUGAAUGGAUUGCCAGAUUUGAGCUCAAAUUUGGCUUACUACACAGUCAUCACCAUGAAGAAUUUAGUUUCUGUCAUUGGAGGACACCAACAGAUGAUUAACAUUUACCACGGGUUGUUGCCCCGCGUGCUGGAAGUGAUCAACUUGUUCUCGCAAAAUGACGAGAAACGCGCGUGCGAAAUGUUCGAGCUCAUUGAAGAGUUGAUUGAAUACGCCGUAGCUGUGAUUGUUCCACAUGUGAGGCUUGUAAUUGAGAUGUGCUUGCAAAUCGGCAGCAACAAGGAGCGUGAUGUUAGUGUUCAGAUCAAGGCAAUUGGAGUAGUUGGCUGGUUGAUCCGCUCAAAGAGCAAGGUUGUCCAGAAGAAUAAACUGAUCGAACCGAUCAUCGAUGUCGUCAUGCAAUUGAUGGCGCAUCAACCGGAGGAUGAUAUUAACGAAGAGUACUUUGAAGGUGAUCCCGAUCAGUUCACCUCGACGACGGUAGCAGCUCAGACCUUAGACCUAAUCGCACUGUACGUGCCGCCCGAGAAGGUCGUACCUUUCAUACUGACCAGAAUUGAACCUGCUUUGCAGACCAACGAUGUUUACGCCCAGAAAGCUGCGUACCUCGCUUUGGCUGUACUUGCCGAAGGCUGCUCGGAGCAUAUUAGGAACAAAUACUUGGAGUCUUUCCUGAAGUGCAUCUACAAUGGCAUCAGGAAUCCGACCGUCGUCGUCAGGAAUGCCGCAUUUUUUGCUUUAGGACAAUUCUCUGAACAUUUGCAACCUGAGAUCAGCCAGUAUUCAGCUGAGCUGUUGCCUGUGUUCUUUGAACAUUUAACACAAGUCUACUCUUCAAUGGGCCAGAACAAGCCUGAACCAAAUGGGCUCGAGAGGAUGUUCUAUGCCUUACAAAGUUUCUGCAUGCAUCUGGAUGAUGGUCUUUUACCUUUCCUACCCACACUCAUGGAUACCUUAUUAGUUGCAUUACAUCCUAACAGCUGGUCUUUAAAACUCAAACGAUUAGCGCUGAGCACUUUAGACUCUGUCGCCUGUGCAGUCAAGGAUAAGAUUUUACCUUACUUCGAUAAACUUAUGGAGAUUUUAACGAUUUACAUCAACGCCGAUCCUAAUGGAGAUCUCAUCGAGUUGCAAUCAUAUGCCUUAGAAUGUUUGGCCAGUAUUGUUGAUAAUAUUGAACCGGAACAUUUUAAGCCAUUGGCACCGCAGACAUUGCAAACUGCUCUAAAGAUUCUGAGCGAAACCGAUGACCCUGAUGUUAGGAAAAGUCUGUAUCCUCUUUUCGCUGCUUUAUGCAGCGUUAUGAAAAGCGACAUUUCUGGGGAUCUGCAUACAAUUAUCGGAGCCAUGAUCAACACCAUUCAAAGUAGUGACGGAAUUAUUGCUCACUAUGUGGAUGAAGAAACCGACGGGUUGGAUAUUUACGAUGAACUUUCGGACUCCGAUAAUGGUGAAGAGGAUAUCGACGGUGAAAGUGAGAGCAGCGACGACACGCAAUGUAGGUAUACCGUGGAGAACUCUUACAAUGAAGAGAAAGAACAAGCCUGCUUGUCGAUUACUGAAAUUUGCAAGCAUAUGGGUUCCGAUUACUUACCGUUCAUGGAUAAGAGCUUCGAGGAAAUCUUCAAACUGGUAAACUAUCCCCAAGAUGAUAUCAGGAUCGCGGCUAUUUUGGCACUUGAACAAUUCUGCAUCACCCUUUAUUCUGCAAACACCGGAAAGGAUGCUUUGUACAAAGCUCUGCAAAUGUUCAUUCCAAAAUGCUCCGAACUGAUCAGGUCAGACGAAGAACAGAACAUUGUCAUGAAUGCCUUAAACGCAUUUGCCAAUCUUUUGGAGGAAAUUAAAGGCGACGUGUUGGUCGGUGAUGGACACCGGGAAGCAAUCAUGAAUUGCGUUAUUGAUAUUUUAACUCACAAGACUGUUUGUCAAGAUCAUGACGUUGGUGCUGAAGGUGUUAUGAAUGAAGAGGAAUCAGAGCAGACAGAACUACUCCUAGAAUGUGCGGGUGAAGUUAUACCAAAGUUUGGUAACGCUCUCAGGCCGGACGAUUUCUUCUGCUAUUUCCCCAACAUUCUUCAAUUGUUAACAAUUCGUGCUAAAAACACUAUUAGCAUCAGCCAAAGAUCUUUUGCUUAUGGUACUCUAGCAGAAUGCAUGAAGCCAUUGAGCACCUAUGUGGAGAAGUUUGUGCCGCAGUUGUUGCAUCUCUGGGAAGCCGGAACGAAAGAUUCCAGUGAAGAGGUUCGCAACAAUUCGGUAUAUGGAUUAGGCGAAAUGAUUUUCCAUGGAAGGGAUUGCCUGUAUUCGAAAUAUUCGGAUAUUUUGGUUGGACUGUCGAUGAUGAUAACGAAGGAAUCGCAUGCGGGUACUAUGGACAAUAUUUGCAGUGCAUUAGCCAAAAUGAUCAUCAACAAUUCGAGUCUAGUACCUUUGGAUCAGGUCUUCGAGGUGCUCAUCCAACAUUUACCGCUCAAGACGGAUUUCCAAGAGAACGAGGCUAUAGUUAAAUGUUUAUUCAAGCUCUACAAGGAGGAGAAUCCUGUUUUAAGAACACACCUGGAGAGCGUUAGCAAAGUAAUAGUUCAUAUCUAUUCCAACAAGCAGUUUUCCGACAAAGAAUCCGAGAAUUUGACCAAUCAGUUCAUGGAGACACUAGUUAACGACUUUCCGCAAGUGUUCAAUCCGAUCUUUGCGGCGAAGUGAUGACCAGAUGACGGUCAUCUAAUUCCUUUCGCUAUGUAAUAACUCUAAUUUACGUUUGCAUGAUGCAUGAUAUAUUUAUUGUUAUUUUUGUUUAGAGUAUAUUUUAUGUGUUUGUUGGAAUUAAGUUCAAAAUGUUAUAAACAAAAGGGAAAAAAUGGCGGGUACCAUCAAACAUACAACUGAUCUAUAUACAUAUAUAUAUACAAUGUGUUGCAACAUCCCUCCCACACGGACUCGAGAGAAAUAAUAAUAAUAGCUUUAAAGAAGAAUGUAUUUUGUAAAUUAUUUUUCUAUUUAUUUUUUUUGUUAAAUCGCCGUUCGCCUAUUUGAUAUAUUUAUAUAUCUUCCUAUUCUGUGUUUAUUUUGGACCAUGAAACUACUACAUUUGACACCAUUUUCGUUGUUGCUUAUUCUCUUAUUAUAAUCACAAUUAUAA